AUGGAGAUCGUCAUUCAACAAAAACCGACUUAUUUAACCCCAAUUCAAUGUGCACGUCGAUUUGCUGAUGAUCUUCUCGAGAACAAAGAUAUUUCCCAAUCAAUGACAGACUUAAUUUCACCUUCGUACUUAAUAUCAUUGACAAACAUUGCUAGCAUGUAUUUGUCAUAUGAACGUUCACUAUUUCUAUCGACUGUCGCCGAAAUCGGUUCACUUUGUUCAAGUAAAUACUACGAACGUGUUCACUAUUUUAUCUCAUUUCUCGAUGAGUUGAUUGAACUUCAUCAGAAUGCAAAAUACGAACAUUUGAUUAACAACUAUCUCGAGCAAAUUGUGUAUGCGGAUUUAACCGAUCAUUUCAUCUCCUAUCCAGUUCUAUUGCAAAUUCAAAUCAUGAGCAUCAUCGAAGAUUCACCUGUCCUUCGAUUUCCAUUGAUGAAAGAAGAUUCCGAGGCUGAUCAAGCGAAGAUCGAUCUCUUUCUUCGAGAUGCCGCUCGAUACUUCUACAAUAUCACAUCCCGGACACUUUAUCGUCGUCUUGUCUUUCGUCUUGAUCCGUAUCUUUCGUCACAACAAACAAUCUUUCGCGCUCUAUUGAUCGGCUGUAUUUUUCUUCCAUUGACAUGUCAUGCGGCGUAUUUAGACGAGCUGUACCAACUUUUAUCGAAACAAUCUCAGUUUCUAUCGAGUGAAAACAUGGAAAUUUUCUAUCACGUCCUUGGACCUUCGAGUAUCAAUCAGUCGUAUUCAGUUGCACGCGUUUAUCUCGCACAAUUACUAAUCGUUCGAUUGAUAAAUGUUCGCAAAUAUUUCGCACAUAUUAUCAAAAUUUGUUUUUCAAUUUACUUACGUGUACCAAAUAUACGCGUCAAUCUGAUGGACGUUAUCGAACCUUUAUGUGAAACAAAAGGUUUUCAAUCGUACUUAGAUCAGCAACAGUAUGAGAUGAACAUAGUUCGACAAAGUGGACAACAGCAUGUUUCUCUCAUUGAACCAUUAUUCCAACAACUUCGUGAUCGUAUGAAACGAGGCUUUCGAUUGAAGCAAUUGUGUCGUAUGAAAGUUCGUUCAGUACUUGCUCGAGAUUCGACUCAACCGAUUCUUUCGCAAAUAAAUCAGCUAAAAGAUUUAUCGGAAAGAAAUAAAGCAUAUUUAACAUAUAACUUAGAUGUUUUAUUGAUUGAACCCGAUAGAUAUGUUGAAUCGACUCAAGCACAAAACGAACCAGUUUGGAAUUCAAGUAUUCCACCACCACCAGUUAAUUGA